AAACGAUUCGAUGCCUUUAUAUCUUACAGUUCGUCUAACAGUGACUGGGUUCUAGAUAAUCUCAUUCACAAGUUAGAAUCACCGUUUGACUCCCACGAUGCUUUGUCUUUGUGUAUUCAUAAAAGGGAUUUUGUCGGUGGAAAAAGCAUCCUUCUGAACAUCAUUGACAGCAUUGAAAAUAGUCACCAUACCAUCGUUGUUUUAUCUCGACAGUUUAUUCAAAGUGUGUGGUCAAUGACAGAAUUCAAAGAAGCUUACGAAGAAAGUGUCACCAAGAAACGCCGCCAUUUAAUUAUCAUAAAAUAUGAAGAUAUACAGGAAACGGAAAUGGACUCCAUGUUGAAACGUUGUAUUAAAACUUUCACCUAUAUUGAUGCGAAGGAUCCUAAGUUC